ACCCGAUGGUACCGAGCACCAGAAAUAAUCCUGAACUGGGAAAAAUACAAUCAAACAGCAGAUGUGUGGUCUGUGGGUUGUAUCCUGGGUGAAAUGUUAACAAAACGAGCUGUGAUACGAGGGCAUAAUUUCUCUGACCAAAUGAAGCAGAUAUUAUGUCUAGUCGGAACACCGGAUUAUGAAAUGCUAAAGAAAUUUACUUGUGAAGAAGCUGUUGCUAUGAUAAAACAAUAUGGUACUUUUGUAAAACAGGAUUUUUCAACUUUUUUUAAUACCACAGAUGAAGAGACACUUAAUCUUUUGGAUCAGAUAUUUAAUUUAGAUGUAGAUAACCGAAUCUCUGUGGAUGAGGCAAUGAAACAUUGUUUCUUUGAGGACCAUUUCCAACAGACUGAUUUUAUGCGUGCACAACAUUUUUGUGACAGAUAUUCCGAUAUGGAAUUAAACAAAAUAGAAUGGUUAGGUCUUAUUUACGAGGAAAUCAAAAACGUCAAUCCUGACUAAUACACAAAUACACACAUAAAAGUUUAUACCCGCGCUAUUUAAAGUAUGUUUUCAGGUCAUGAGUUGGUGUUAGCAUUUCUCAAGUAUUUACACUUCUUUAUUAUUGUUUCUCAAUCUGAUCUCUGUUCAAUAUAAAAAAUUUAAAGACAUAUAAAUUAAAAACAUUGUCGAUAUUCAGAUAUCACUGCCUUGAUAAACACUGCAAAAUUUUUUAAUUGAGCAAAAACAAUAAAUGAAGAAGAGAAAUAUAUUUUAAAACAA